GUGGGGAGGUUCAACGGAUCAACCUGCGGAGAAGUUGCGCGGUACAGUGCUGAGUGCUCCCAUUUUAUUUCGGCGACAAUGGCGGCAGACCCCGAACCAUUUCAACAGCUUUUGAACACAUUUUUAAGCACCGACAACGACGUCCGCACUCAAGCUGAGGAGGCGUACAAGAAUUUACCGAUUGAGCAGAAAGUAACAUGCCUACUCAAUUCAAUAUGCAAUCCACUACUGACAGAGGAAAUACGAGGAUUGGCGGCUGUAUUGCUCCGGAGAUUAUUUUCUUCAGAAUUUAUGGUUUUUUACCCGAAGAUUCCACCGGAGGCCCGAACAGAGCUCAAGAAGCAGAUUCUAUUGUCAGUACAGAAUGAACAAUCAGACUCAAUCAGACGUAAAGUUUGUGAAGUUGCUGCUGAAGUAGCAAGAAGUUUAAUCGACGAUGAUGGCAAUAAUCAAUGGCCGGAGUUUCUCCAGUUCCUAUUUCAGUGCGCUAAUGGCCCAUUGCCAGCACUCAAAGAGAGUGCUCUCCGUAUAUUUACAUCUGUACCAGGAGUGUUUGGAAAUCAACAGGCCAGUUAUUUAGAUCUCAUCAAGCAAAUGUUGCAGCAGUCUGUUCUCGAUGCUACCAAUUACGAGGUGCGAUUUCAAGCAGUGAGAGCAAUAGGAGCCUUCAUAAUUCUCCACGAGAAGGAGGCAAACAUUCAAAAACACUUUUCCGAGCUACUGGGACCGCUUGUCCAAGUUACUGCCCAAUCAGUAGAAAAACAGGAUGACGAAGCCCUUCUGAAGGUCCUCAUAGACUUGGCCGAGACAACCCCAAAAUUCCUUCGACCCCAAUUAGAAAAUAUAAUGGAAAUGUGUAUGAAGAUAUUUUCAAACGAGGAAAUGGGCGAUUCCUGGAGGCAAUUGGCCCUCGAAGUUAUCGUUACCCUAUCAGAAACAGCACCAGCAAUGAUACGAAAGGUCGGUGGCAAGUACAUCGUCGCUCUUGUACCACUUGUCCUUAAAAUGAUGACCGAUCUUGAGGACGAUGAGGAGUGGAGUGUCUCAGAUGAAAUCAUUGAGGAGGAUAAUGACAGUAAUAAAGUGAUUGCUGAGAGUGCAUUGGAUAGAUUAUCGUGUGGGCUUGGGGGGAAGACAAUGCUGCCACAAAUUGUACAAAAUAUUCCAAGCAUGUUGAGUAAUACUGAUUGGAAGUACAGGCACGCUGCGCUCAUGGCCAUUUCCGCUGUUGGUGAGGGAUGCCAUAAACAGAUGGAAGCUAUUCUUCCACAGAUCAUGGAGGGAAUCGUUCAAUAUUUACAAGAUCCGCACCCAAGAGUACGCUAUGCCGCGUGCAAUGCCGUGGGACAAAUGUCAACUGACUUUGCCCCCUUUUUUGAGAAAAAAUUCCAUGACAAAGUCAUACCUGGACUACUCAUGGUAUUGGAUGACAAUGCAAAUCCUAGGGUGCAGGCUCAUGCUGGUGCUGCACUGGUUAAUUUCAGCGAGGACUGCCCGAAGAAUAUUCUGACGCCUUAUUUGGAUGCCAUUAUGGCUAAACUCGAAGGAAUUCUCACUGCUAAAUUCCAGGAAUUGGUUGAGAAAGGCACUAAAUUAGUGCUUGAACAGGUUGUUACUACUAUCGCUUCAGUAGCUGAUACCUGUGAAGAACAAUUUUUAACGUACUACGAUAGACUAAUGCCGUGUCUAAAGUACAUAAUUCAAAAUGCAAAUCAGCAGGAGCAUAAAUUACUCCGAGGAAAGACGAUCGAGUGUGUAAGUUUGAUUGGUCUUGCUGUGGGUCCUGAGAAAUUCAUUACUGAUGCGAGUGAGGUAAUGGACAUGUUGUUGACGACACACUCAGAGGGUGAACUUCCAGACGACGAUCCACAGAUAAGUUACCUCAUUUCUGCCUGGGCUCGUCUCUGUAAAAUUUUGGGAAAACAAUUUGAGCAAUAUUUGCCAAUUGUCAUGGGUCCUGUUCUUCGUGCUGCUGCCAUGAAGCCGGAAGUUGCUUUACUGGACAACGAAGAUAUGGAGGGAGUUGAGGGAGAUGUAGACUGGCAAUUUGUUUCUCUUGGAGAGCAACAAAAUUUUGGAAUAAAAACAGCUGGACUGGAGGACAAAGCUUCGGCAUGUGAAAUGCUGGUGUGUUAUGCACGAGAACUGAAGGAGGGAUUUGCUGAUUAUGCGGAGGAAGUUGUGAGGCUCAUGGUGCCUAUGUUGAAGUUUUAUUUUUAUGAUGGUGUGAGGACUGCAGCCGCCGAGAGUCUCCCUUGUUUGCUCGAGUGUGCAAAAAUUAAAGGAACUCAAUAUUUAGAAGGUAUGUGGGCAUACAUAUGCCCAGAACUCCUCAAAGCCAUCGACACAGAACCUGAAUCUGAAGUGCUCAUGGAGCUCCUCUUCUCCCAAGCAAAUUGCAUCGAUACGCUCGGUCCGGGUUGUCUAAACGCCGCUCAAAUGGCUGAGCUUCUUCGAAUCUUGGACAAACUUCUCAACGAGCACUUCGAGAAGGCAGUAGCCCGAUUAGAAAAACGAAAGGAUGAGGACUACGACGAAGUCGUAGAAGAACAAUUGGCCGAUGAGGACUACGUGGACGUCUACACGCUUAACAAGAUAGCUGACAUUCUCCAUGCCCUCUUCACCACCCACAAAGAAACCUUUUUCCCCUUCUUCGAUCAGAUUUGUGGCCAUUUUGUAAAGCUCUUGGCACCAGAGAGAGCAUGGUCAGAUCAUCAGUGGGCACUCUGUGUUUUCGACGAUGUGAUAGAGUACGGUGGACCAGCUUGUGCCAAAUAUCAAGAGUUUUUCCUCAGACCAAUGCUCCAAUACUUGACAGACAAAUCUGGAGAAGUGAGGCAAGCAGCUGCUUAUGGCUGUGGUGUACUUGGACAACAUGCUGGUGAGGGAUUUGCAUCAGCAUGUGCUGAGGCACUUCCAAGGCUCAUUGAAGUUAUCAAUGAACCUGAUUCACGCACCCCAGAGAAACUCAAUGCCACUGAGAAUGCCAUAUCAGCUGUAACAAAAAUCCUCAAAUACAACAGUACAGCUAUCAAUGUCGAUGAGGUACUUCCACACUGGUUAUCAUGGCUACCAGUUGUUGAGGAUGAGGAUGAGGCACCUCAUGUUUAUGGAUAUCUUUGUGAUCUUAUAGAGGCUAAUCAUCCCAUUGUUCUAGGCCCAACUAAUGCUAAUUUACCGAAACUCAUUAGCUUCUUUGCUGAAGCAUUGUUCAGAGACGCUGUGCCAAGUGAUAAUCCAGUGAUUCACAGGAUCAUUGGUAUCGUCAGGCAAAUACAGAGCAAUGAUUCCAUGUUUCAAGCAUGUAUUGCUGCUUUAAACAGUGAUCAACAGCAGGCACUACAUAACGCACUCAGUUCACAUCCAGCAAAUUAGCGUUAUUAAGAAUUUUUAUUUUAUUAAUGAUAAUGUGGAUAUGAUUAAAUGAAGGAUUAUUCAUUUGGUGUUUAUUAUUGAUAUGAACAGAAUCAAGAUCUUGAGGAUUGAUUCGGGAAAAGUCGAAGUGGCUGAUGUUGAGGUGUGAGUAAUUCGGUGGAUAAUGGCUGUCGUCGUUCAGGACAUGUAUUGAAAAAUUUAAUCUGAUAAUCUAGGUCUUUAGCUGAGGAGAAUCUAUUUAAUUAGUUUCGGCUUUCGGGGCAAUUCCAUUGGAGACGUCUGAUAGAAUAAAAUUGUAGAGUUCUUUAGAGAAAUCGGCGAUUAAUUUUCAAUUUUUUUACGCUAUUUGCACUUGUUUUUUAUAAUUAAACACGAAAAAUUAAUAAAUAAUAAGAUGAGAAUUAGUUAGGCGACUAUUGAAUUUUUUUUAUUUUUCGAUAAUUCCAUUGAGAUUUUUAUGUAGAAAUUCCUCAGCUAAAGUUUUUUCUAUUUUUUUUUAAGAUAACUUAGGCCAAGGGAUUCCUAUUAAAGAUGUCUCAAUAAACAUUAUUGUAUAGAAAAAUGACAUUCUAUUGACCUUUAAAACUGAAAGAAGUCCAAUUUAAUGCGCUCGGUAAAUCCAAGAAGAAAAUUCUUGAAAAAUUAAUUCCCCAACGUUAUCUAGAAAAUUUAACAUACACAUACUCCUCAAAAAAUAUAUUUAUUAAAAAACACGAUGACGCUUCAUAAUGUUCAAUAGAACGGACACGAAAAAGUGAAACUUUUGAUAGAAUUAUUUCAAAAUUACGAUAACAUACAGUUCGCUCCAUACGUCGAGAUGCUUCAGGAUCUGAGUGAUUGGAAAAUUAAUGGUUCUUAUCAUGAAAAAUAUCUACUGAAAAACUCAUGGAAGAUAUCUAGUGUUUUCUCGGAGGAAAUUCUUUCUCGAUUUCAGUUCCUGUGUCAAUUCUAUUGGAGACAUUUGCUAAAAAAAAUAUAGAUUUUUUACGAGAGAAAAUGGACAUUAAUUUUCCAAGUUUUUCUUUUCUUUGAAUACAGCAAAAACGAAUAAUGUCCACUUUCCUUUGAGGAGAACGGGACUUAAUUAAAGAAAAUGAAGUUCUACUGACUCUUCAAAACUAAAGGAAAAAAACUUGAAAAUUUAAUCUCCUAAAAUUAUUUAGAGAAAUUAACACACCCAGAUUUUUUUCAUUAGAAUACACAAUCUACUGAAAAAUAAACGACAACGCUUCAAAAUGUUCAAUAGAGUUGGUGAAAAAAAGGAAUUUUUAAUAGAAAUCUCUUAAAAAUUUAAUGACAUUAAAUUUUUCAUACGUGAAUCACUCGAUUAAAAAUUUUCACAAUAAAUUGGUAAAACGUAAUAGAUAUUUCAACACCUCUGACACAAGUGUUUUUUACAGAAUAAACGUCCGAAGAUCUUGUAAAAAUAUGUAGAACCCAGGUGAAAUUGAUCUUCCUAGGUGAUUUACUAUCCAAUCCAGCAACACGUGAAUUUUUACGUUUAGCCACUUCAUUGCUGAUUCAUCUUUGUUUCAAUGUCUCUCGGUAAUCGUCGUCGAUUCAAUAUUCUUUGUGCCUUUCGAUGCCGACGUUCUGAAUAACAAUUCAAAGAACAUACCGACAAAACAUAUAUGGACUGGGGCAAUGAAUGGUUGAUAAUUAUUUGGGAUUAUUAAUGAUGUUCAUGGGAGUGUAAGGACAAUUUUAAUUUUCAAAUUAUGUUUUAACCGAGUGAAAUUAAUUUUAAUACUAAUUUUUUUUCUGGAAUUGUCAAGAGCGGAGGAGUUAUCUAAUUAAUGACUAGAAUUAACACAUCUUCAUCUGUGAAGUAAUUUAGUUUUUACCAAUAUUUUUGAGAACUGCGAGGGAUAGUAGUCAUGAAAAUGAUUUUUUUUUAAUUGGAAAUGUCAUUGCAAUUUCGCCGACUAAAUACAUCAAAUUUCUCGGUGAUUUUUCAACAAGGCUGGUACUGUUGAACAGCAUUAAAAUAGACGUUGUUUGUAAAUAACCUGGCCAUUACGUUAGUGCUAACUUUGUAACAACAAACGAAAUUUUUGUUGCUAUUGGUGAUAUUAAAUUAUUGUCAAUGCACUCCCGUGGUAAUAAAUUCUGUAAUGAGAGUGUAAAUCCAACAAUGAUCGAAAUGUGACAUCCUUGAUGUCUGUGGAGUCGUCGAAAGAAAUGAGUGGUUUGAGAGGACAAUGUUGAACAACUGUAAACAAUGUCGCUUGAUAUGUCGCUGGGAAAUAAAUUAUAUUGUCGAUAUACUUUCAUAAUUAGCGGGACAAAUGAGAAAGCACUUUUAUGGUUUCGUCAGUACAAUGCUAAAUUAAUGGGUACGAUUCAGAGCAGACGUAUUUCAUUCGCCAGUAAAUAAAUUUUCAACAUUAUUAAUUACGUUAUUUAAGUUUUUUUUAAUACACUGAAGUGGCUCUUUAGAUAUCAAUAAAUUGUUAUUUAACGGUGAACGUGAGAUGGGAUGAGUAAGUCCGGUGACGACGAUUACAGUGAAUUUUUUCAUUUCCAUCCAAAAUAAAUGAGCGAAAUUUUUUAUUUUGGAACGAUUUUCACAAGUUGAUGAGAGAAGAAGCUUAAAUUGAGUAUAUAUUCACUAAUUAAGACCUUUUCAUGUAUUUGAAAUGAUUUCUCUUUCUGUAAUUCAGAAUUCUUCCUUUGUUCUAAAAUUAAAUGUAUUUUUGUUCUCAAAUGGAAGGUGUUAUUGUUCUAAAAUUAUCUGCUUGCGUGUGAGAUCGAACGCCAAUAUCACACCCUGGUGGCUUCUGGGAGGGUUCGUCGUAAAAUGAAAAACCAUAGAUUCAUAUUGUUAAACUAGAAUCAUUAAACAAUUGAGUAUUGCCAGUUAAAUUUCCCUCCAUUGUUCUACUUUAUCGUCCGACAUUCAUCGAGAAAGUUACAAAAAACACUCACCAGUGGCAGCACCAUCGUUCCCUACUACCUCACGCUGCCAUCAGAGGUCUCGUUUCCCUCUUCCACCACCAACAUUCGACGUCACUUCCGGCAAGACCCCACAAUUAGCACACAGGCACAAUCAGUCAGCCAUUUUUAUUCUUGCCUCUUGCUUAAACCUUCGCGAGAAUAUAUCUCAGCAAAAAUUCUACCAAAAAUAUAUUCAAUACUUCCUGAAGAGUCCAAAAAACGCUCAAUUUCUCAUUGUCCAAUCUACCGGAGUAAACACGUAAAGUGAACACAGAAGGACAAAUUCAGAAAAUCCAUAAUUCACCAGUGAGUUCUAAUCAUUGAAAUUGUCGUGUGCUAAUGCGUGGCAUUUCAGAAACAUCUCCAAGUCGCACAAUGGCGGAGGACUUGGACGUAGAGGCGAUGCUCGAGGCACCGUACAGAAAAGGGAUGGUACGUAACAAAUGUACCCUCUCGGUCGUACCGAUGCUCUACAGCAAGUUCCUUGAAUGCACUUGAAUAAGAG